AUGUCCACUCAGCACGUAGCCUUUUUAUCAAUUCGAGAUAGCUGGAUCGACUCCAACAAAUGGAAAACAAAGGACGACUUCAAAAUCUGUCUCAAGAACCCAUUGUACAACAAGAGCGACCUCGGGGUUACCAAGCGUCAAGUUAUGACAAUUGUAUGCGGUGACAUGAGUCAUCAAAUGAGUCGGAUCUUGAUAGGCCGCAACACGCUGGUAGAUGAUCUUGACACUUCCCACGAGAUUAUGCUGCAGCAACUUGUCUUCGAGAUCAGUAGACCUGCUGGUCUCCUAAUCUGCACUCCAUCCCCAAAGUAUGAGGCCGAGUGCUGA